AUGGGAAACGACAUCCAAAAGCCAGAAGCUCAAGAAGAUCCAGAUGAGUUCGACGAUGACAUGGCGAUGGAUCCAUACUCGGAUUACCAGCCUCCCGCGAAAUCCGAUCGAAUCGCCAACCCUCCUCGUCCCCUGACACCAGAGCAUACCAAGCACAAUCACCAGAAUGGAAACGACGACCAGCAAGGAAACCACGAAGACGGAAUCAUCCGAAUCGACGAAAGAGAGGAGCUCUACCGCUCGUACGUCAGAACUGAGCGCGACGAUCGACCAGUCAGCGGACCUUUUGGAAUUCAGCCCCAAAUGAAUGAUUCCGUCGAGCCAGAACCGAUUGCGAAGCGGGGAAAGUUCGGAAAAGAUAGAAGCAAGAAAAGAAGAAAACGAAAUGCAUCUGAAGAAGGCGACGAGUUUUUGAAAGAACUCAGCAAGGAUAGAUAUAGAAAGAGACGGAACUCUAAUAACAUCUGGGCCCCAAAGAGUUUCUUUUACCCAAAUGACUCGUACGAACGAAUCAAGGACGGGCCAAAUCAGGCAAAUGCGAAGAAAAAGAAGAAGAGCUAUUCAAACUACGGGGAAAAAUACUACGAUCAUGACAACCCGCCGAAAGGGAGGACUGAACAGUCGGAUUUCUCGGACGACGAAGGGGGCGCUGCAAAUGAAUCCGCUUUUCGUUCUAGAUUCAAUGAGAAUUCGAAUGAUCAUUCCGAUGAAGCCUCUGAUGGAGAAAUUCAAAAUGCCAAUGGACUCCGCAACCCUGACACUAUCUUCAACGACGACAGACCUAUCAUCAUCGACGAGCGACGAAGAUCUCCAUCGCGCUUCAAGCCAAGGAAAGAAAUGAAAGACAAGGGCAUCCGACUAAUUGAUCAUCGAACAAAAGGAGGAUACGAUAGGCGAGACCGGGGAAGGCAGAAGUCUCCAUGGCCGGCGAGAAAGGAUGACUACAAGAAAAGUGACAAAAACGACAAGAAGGGAAGUCAGAAGGAGGAGAAUUUGAGGAAAUACGAGCUCUGUAAAUAUUAUAUUGCCGGAACAUGUCUGAAGGGAGAACGCUGCCACUACAUGCAUAAAAAUUACCCUUGCAAAUACUACCAUAUCUCCAAAACAUGCCAGAAGAAAAACUGCCUCUUUUCUCAUGAUGAAUUAACCGCUAUCACCGCAAACAUUAUCGAAAAGCUCAAGUCCGACUAUUUCCUCGCCGAUGAUUCACUUGAGCUUGAGUUCAUCAAAGACCGCGGAGUUGAGGCUUUGCCAAAACCACCACCAGGUGUUCCUCUUCUGCCGACGCCUCCCGGCGAGUUGGUUUGUGAGAAGUUCAUUGGAAAGGUUGAUACGCCUGUUCGUCCUCUUGUCCCUUUGCCUGGUGAAACUUGGCCGACUGUGAUGGACUACGAGCCGUAUUUGACUCAAGAAGCGCAUACAAAAGCAGAGAACGUCAUGCGAAACGUUUUGGGAAUUUCGAUCGGCGAAGAGGUUGAUAUCAACGAUGAGACCUCGCAUGAAGUUGGAACGCCUCAGCCAGACGUGGUCGAUGCCGAUUCAAUCGGCUGGAUCAUGUACGAAUGGCACAACAAAACUGAGCCUGUUCCAAUGACUGGCGAUCGUGGAUUGCCCAGCAGAUAUUCUCCUACUGGCCCUGGUCCUAUCAAACCUCUUGGAUCGCCGAGAGGAUAUGAUGAUCGCUCUCCUCCUCGCCAUAACUCUUACAACUUCCCUCCGAUCAGAAAACCUCUCGGAGCAACUGAUGACGAAGAGGAAGAACGAAGAAGAUAUGGAAUGGAUCCGCGAGAUCGACUUACUCCUCCGCCAUUUCUUAGACGAGAUAUGGACGAUAGAAGCUUCAAUCCAAUUGUCAAGCUUCAAGAAGAGCAAGAUCGUAUUGAUCGCUAUGGCCGAGAACAUUCACCUGACCGAUAUCGUGGCCGCUACUCGAGAUCCAGAUCGAGAUCUCCAGAAAGAAGUGGAGGGUGGAAGAAUGAAAGAAGAUCCGAUCGUGAUGAGCGAGAAAAGUAUGGCUUCACAACUCCAAGCUGGGCGAGACCGCCUUCGAGGUCGCCAAGUCCGAAGCCAUAUCGACCGAGGGAAGAGAGACGAUGGCCAAAUUAUGAUUCCUACGACUCGAGGGAUGAUCGAGACAGGAGAAGCCCGCGGUAUUCCCCAAGACGUAGGGAUAGCUACUCGCCUCCUGGAGGAAACAGGACACCGACUCUUGAUGAUGAUCCUUUCGACGAACCAAAGAAACCGAAAUUCGGAAGACAGUACUCUCCCCCUACAGUUGGAGCACGACUUGAUGAAGCGCAAAGAGAUCUGAUAGAAAAUUAUGACGAGCCGUAUGUUCCAAAGCCUCGGAAUCAUCAUGUUCGAGAUGCCAUCGAGGGCGUUCCAAGCAGACCCUAUCGUCGACCAUCAAUGCCCGAGCCUCGGCUCGAAACUUGUCACAUCCCAACAGCAGUUUCUCGAGAAGCUCAAGAUCCUCGCCCCCACCUGCCACCUCCAGCAACACCACCAUCAGAAUUGCCGAUUCCUGACCUGAUCGACCUCGUUGAUUUCCGAGUGACGUUUACUAUCAAUGGCGUGCCCUAUCAAAUGCCCAAUGAUAUCAUCAAAGAUGUUGUGACGGAGAAACCAAAACUUCCCAAUCUUGCCCCUCUGCCGAUGCUGAACAAACAGCAAAGCCCAAAAACAUCCGCUCCCAUGGAUCCCAGAAGACGAUCUAUCUCCAAUCAAAGCCCCGCUACUUCAAGAUCAGAUCACCCCCUGGCCGGGCUCUCCGGCAACACCCCAACAAGGAAGAAGAUUUCCCUAUCAGACUACCGCAAGAAAAGUGACUCGAAACCUGACACUUCACCAGAACCCAGCCUUCCUAUCUCCCUUUAUGGCACUCAAAACUGA